CCUUUAAAGAGAUAUUUUAGGUUACACCUGUGCAGGGAAUACUAUGCUUUACAAAAUGACUCGGCUGUCUCUCGCCACUUCGCUCAUCUCUCUCCUUCAAGCCCUCAACUUGUUUGCAGCCGCGGCCACUUACAACUCCACUAACAUCAUAGACCCAGAAUAUAAUCGCUCGCGACUAAUACCAUCGAUUGAGAAAUCCGACGUGUACUCUUUUGGUGUGGUCAUGUUUGAGGUGUUGUGUGGUAAGCCACCGGUCUUCCAGGGCCUGUCAGAGGAGAAAGUGAGCUUGGCCCAAUGGGCCCAUAAUUGUUACAAAAAAGAAAGCCUUGAUGAAAUCGUGGACCCAUAUUUGACAGGCCAGAUUACACCAAUAGCCUUGCAGAAGUUUGGUGAGGUCGCAGAGAAUUGUGCGCGCGAACAGGGAAAUGAACGGCCUACAAUGUGGGAUAUCGUGGGGGCAUCGGAGCUUACAUUGCAACUUCAAGAAUCCGUAGAGGAAAACACGAACAGCGGCGAUGCUAUUAUCACUAAUAAAUUUGUUCAAGUGAGAACACAAUAAAAUCUCAAUCAACAUCAAUCGACAUU